AUGACUUCGUUAUCAAUAUCUGAUCGAAUUCGAGCACAACGUGAAUGCAAAAUUGUUAAAUCGAUUCGACUUAAAUUAAAAAAGUGCAAACUUAUUCUUCGUGAAACCGACAAAAGUGGUGUAUUUUGUAUUCUUCGAGCUAUUGAUCAUGAACAAAAAGUAAAAGAAUAUCGAGACAAGACCAAAGCUUACAAACAAUUAACUUCAAAUCCAUUUGAAGCAACGUUAUACAAGGUUACUCGAUUACUCAAUGAUCUUCGUGUGAAAUCGAGCAAAAUUACAGCUUGGCAACAUAAAGAAAUGCUGCCCAACGGCAAGACAUGUAAACUAGCUUAUAUGUAUUUCAAUCCCAAAACACAUAAGGAUGGUACACCAUUACGACCAAUUAUGCAUACUAUUGAUUCACCGACAACGAAUAUCUCACGACUUUUAGAUCGAUUCAUUCGACCAAUAUUUAACGACAAAGCUAAACUAACUACUAUUAUUGAUGGUGCUUACCUUAUUAAACAACUUCAAAAAUAUGCUAAUGAUGGUCAUUUAAAACCAACUACUUUAUUUUGUACUUUUGAUAUUAAUAAUUUAUAUACAAUGCUACCACAACAACAAUCACUUGAUAUUCUUCAAGAAUUUCUUCAAACUUAUAAAAUAUCACACGUCAGAGGAAUCGAUAUUGCAACUAUUCGUGAAUUAGCUCGUAUUGUCAUAGAAGAAAAUGUUUUUGUCUAUCGUAACAAAUACUAUCAACAGAUUAUUGGUGGUGCAAUGGGAUCACCAUUUACAUUAACUUUAGCAAAUAUCUUUAUGUGGAAAUGGGAAAAAGAAUCAAUCUGCAAAGACUUACAUUCGUAUGAACUUUAUGGCCGAUAUAUCGAUGAUAUUUUUUUCACAUGGAAUGAUACCAACGAGAAUCUCGAAAAAUUACUGGCAAAACUCAAUAAUCAUCAUCCCAAUAUUAAACUAGAAUAUAAAAUUGGUCAAAGUCUUCCAUUUCUUGAUGUUCUUCUUACGAAUAAUAAUGGUACUCUUUCAACAUGUGUCUAUCGUAAACCAGCUGCUGAACCUUAUGUGGUACCAUUUACUUCUGAUCAUCCUCAACAUAUAUUUCGAAAUAUUAUUCGAACUGCUCUUUUGCGUGCUAUAAGAUAUUCUUCUACAUUCGAAGCAUUCGGUGUUGAACGACGCAAUAUAAGAUUAAUGUUAUUAUAUAAUGGUUAUCCAUCAACAUACAUCAAUAAAGAAUUUCAUGCAUUCUUUAAUCAAUUCAAUCUAUACGAUUCAUAUUCUUCUAUUCUACCGAUGAUCCAAGAUGAAAAUCAAUUUAAUGCUAUACAUAACAAAAUUGCACCAACACCAACACACAAACAAACACUAACGGCUUCAGAUAUAACAUUGUCUCAAAUUCCUGACAAUGAGUACGAAAACUUAAUGCAAGUCCAAGCUACAAAUCCAACUGCCACGAACAAAAACAAGAAGAAAAAGCUUAAACGACUACUAUUUUUGCAUACUAUACAUGAGAAAAGAUUAAUAUCUCUCAAACGUGAUAUACAUAAAAUCUACAACAGUACAUUUUACGAUACAACUGUAAAUGGAGUACAACUGAUUGUCGGAAAUCGAAACAAUCCAAAAGCCAAAACUGAAUUCAUAAGAAAAAAACGUCCAAAUGACUCCCUUCGUCGACAUGAUUUCAAACCGAGUAAGUGAAGCUCUUCUAACAUAUACACUCAUCCAAUUCAAUUCAUAAAACAAUCAUUCUUUUACAUAGAAUCCAAACGUCUUCCAAAGCAUACGACAAUUUGAAACUGUUCAACGUUGACUCUACUAUACCCAUUCUCCAUAUUCUUUGACUAUUUCACACAACCCAAAUUCUUUUACUAUCUCUUUGCCUAUACAUAUUUAUUUAUUUAUUUUCUUCAUAUCUUAAUUCAACAAUAAAAAACAUCACCAACAAAUUCCAUUCUAUAAUAUCUGAACAUUCUCAUACUUUUUCUUCAUUUCAGAUAUAUCCAUAAAACUUAAUAUAUAUAAAUCCACUCCAAUUAAACAAAGUUCACUUCUAUUCCGCAACAAUCUUCAACUAUCUACAAUCAACAAAGUACGAAACACAGUAUCAAACAAACAACCUCGCACAAAGGUAAGAACCGGUCGUGGUAUGCUUAUAUCACAGGUUUUUUCAAUUAUUCUACACAUUGUGCUGCUGCUUUGCAUACAACUGUGUAGAUGAUAUUUUGGUUUGAUUCUAGAAUUAGAAUUAAAUGUAAAAUAUCUUAAGCCACUUGAUAAGUCCCUUGAGCAAGGACGAAACCGGUCGUGGUAUGCUUAUAUUACAGUCAUAACUACCUGAUGAGACUGUAAGGUCGAAAUCCGGAUCGUAGUUUAAACUGACACACCCACACCCACACCCAGAAUAUUCGACAACAUUUUCCGGUCUACACUUUCUUUUUUUGUUAGUUCAAACUUCGAAACAUGCACUAAUGCAAGAUGAGCACCAUCAAUUGCUAAAAAUUAGAUUGUGAGAAUCUUUUUUGUAUUACUCUAUAUCAAAAUUCUAUAUCAACAAACUGAAUUUUAUGUAUUACAAUUUUUGGAUUAUUUUAUUUCGUAGAUUUUUUUAUGCAAAUUCAAUUCAUUUUCAAUUCAAUUCUACCUUUUAUUAUUGACACAGAGACCUAUUUAUUAUUCCGAAGAUUGAGUUGUGUGUUGCAUAGAACAUGAAACCAAAAAAGAAAGUGCUCCUUUUGAUUUAAUUAUUUUUUCUUUUUGCUUUAUACAACAAAUAAACCGAAAUCGAAAUGGCCGGCAACAAAUUAUCUGUGCAGUGGAUUUUUGAGUGUUUUUCAAAGAAUAUCAUCAUAGUACGAUAAUGUUCAAGCUCGUUUGACAUCGUUGAGUUUAAUCACAAUGUUUGCAUUGAGAAAUAAAAUACUUACAUAUCUCAAUUGAAAGAAAGUUUCGUUGAUUCUAUCCUACUAUUGAAAACUAUUUAUGAAUAUCUAUUCUCGAUUUCAGUUUUAAAUCAAAAAGAAAUUCCAUAGACUUAUUUGGCUCCUUACUAUUCAAAGAUACUACCAUAUGAUUUCAAUUAUCACCUAAAGGUCUGUUACAGUAAGUCACACAGGAUUAAAAGACCAAUGAUUUGAGGUCAUAUGAGGCUUACGAUUUUUCUUUGCGUGUUGCAUACAAAAGUAAAAAAAUCUGAGUAUUGUCAAUGAGAUUUAAAGAAGGGGGUGGUGGGAUGAGUGACAUUUUCAAUUCACUCUCGCUUGUGCAGCAAUUUUAUUUCUGCGAAAUUCGUGACUUUGUAUUAGAUGGAAAAAAAUAAAAAUUUCUUGGUCAAGUUAAGUGCGCUCCAAAUUUGGAGUUUACGAGUAUCGAAGUUUUAGCGAAAAACUCUACCUGAAAACUAUAAUCAUCUAUUUUUAAUUGCUCUGAUAGAUACUCUGGACUGUGGUGAGUCGACCGAUGAUGCUCAAGAAAAACAAAUACACAGUUACAAGCAAUAAUUUGUCGAAAAACUUGAAACUCGGAAACUCCGAAUUUGGAGCCCACUUAACUUGACCAAAUUUCUUAAUUCAAUUUUUUUCGUUAGAAAAUUUAUUCAGUGAAUUCUGAGUGCUUCGUAUCGACAUACAGGAAGCCUUUGUAUAACAUACAUCUCCUCAUUCUGAAGAAACCUACAACAUGUAUACUUAUUUACUGAUUCUUUUUUUCCUGUCUGCAAUAUAUAUAAUACGGUGCAUCAGUGAAGAGAAAUACAAAAGGUCAUUUUCUUAUCGAACACAAUCACACACUACAAUCAAGAUCAAGUCGAUAAACAUAGUAAAACACAGGAUAAUCAUUCUUAUCCAGAAUUGUUAACUAUACUUGCAGAUCCGCACAAUAUUCCGUGUUAUUCUCCGCUAUCGGUACCAUCUGUCGGUAAAAUUUCUCAUCAAGUGUGUAAUUCACCAUUGCAAUUUCCAUCUCUAUUCUUAGGAAUCAUUCAAUCAAGUAUCAUCAUUCAUUAUCAAGAGAUAUGCGAUCUCGUGUUGUUAUCCAUGCAACCAUCCGACCAUCCAAAAAUAGUAUCCAUCCGACGAACAAUCAGUCUGUCAAUCCUCAAGACAUUUUGUUCCCGGUUAUAUUCUUAAAAUCUUUAAUUAUUCAUAUUUUCUCUUUGUGUAAAUAGAUGUCAACUAUUUUGGCUGCGCGUUAUCAUCAAGGUAAACCUCCGGCUGCCGUGAUGGGAAUGGCGGGGAAGAGGGAGUAUAUGAGAAGUGACACCCCCUCUCCCGGAGAUGUCCUUGCAACAGCCCACGAUAAAUCAGCAAAACCAAUUGUCAGCCAAAGUUUUACCAAAUCACAAAACAAUCGAACACACGCUGUCAAUGCCGCAAAAAUUAAUCGACCUCAUCAGUCAUCAACACAGGUCAGUUAGCAAAAUGAGGAACAUGCUCAUUAUUAGAUUCGAUACGCCUAAGUAUUUAUUAUUGACGAUCUGGAAAUUGUUUCUAUGAACAAGUUCUUAUUUGAAGUAAAAACAUCUUCAUCGAAUUUUAGAAACGGUCAAAAGUUCUAGUUUCAUACAAAAUUCGAAAGAAAGAGUAUUUAAAGAUUUUUUUACCCUAAUAAGUAUAUUUGUGUGCGACUAGUAUUUAGUGAAAAAGGCUAGAAUGACAACAGAACUAGAGAACUUUAGAAUCCUGUUGCGCAAAAACUGCAUUUUGACGUGUUUUCAAAGAAAAAUGUUUGCCAUUGAGCAUCGUUUGCAUAAAACAACCUCGGAAUGUAUUCGUUUACAUAGUGUCUAUGUCAAAAAAAAGUAUUUCAAAAGGGAAGUACUAAAUAAGGAUUGGGAAACGCAAGGAAAUACUAUCAUGUUAUAUGUAUUUCAACAGCCUUUUUCUUAGUUAGGUUUCAUAUUGUAAUUGAAAUUUUUCUGGUUCCGUCAAAUACACCUGUCUCAGAAAACAGGUUAGAGAUUCAUCAAAAGUCACACGAUAGGGGGAAUGCGAAUUUUGCAGUACAGACUUUCGCAAGUGACUUUUGGCAAUUGCC